GUUCAGUUUCUUUCCGGUAUCAGUCGUUGAGAAGGUUAGUCGUGUCCGCGUUGUCCUUCACCUGACGAAAUGACAUCGAAGGUUUCCCGUGACACUCUUUACGAGUGUGUAAACGGCGUGCUUCAAAACUCUCAGGAUAAGAAAAGGAAAUUCUUGGAAACCAUAGAGUUGCAGAUCGGUUUGAAGAACUAUGAUCCACAGAAGGACAAGCGUUUCUCCGGCACUGUCAAGUAUGUUUCUACCUGACUGAGGCAUUUUUUCAAUCUUAAUAUUCUUCAUUAAGAAGAAUACCUAUAAAAAUUGCCUCCUAUAAUGUCAGGGAGCUAGAUUUUAUCUAGCGGACCUGCACCCAGGGUCUUAAAUUAAUUGGGGAGGUAUUUAUACCGUUAUUUAAAUUAUACAGGAUUACAUGAUCCUGUGGGUAAGUUAUUUUUG